ACUAAGCAAAAUAUUAUUAUUGUUAGAUGCAAUAUCUAAGAUUGCUAAAGUAGUGCAGAAUCUUCCAUAUUAGGAAAUGAUAUUAUUACCCAGAAAUCUUAAGAAGAAUUGUGAAAGUUACUUUUAUUUCUUGAUACUUUUCAUGGAGCCCACUGGAUUGCUAGCACCUUUGGAAUUUGCCUUUGCCUGCCUAUCCAACUGGAUGACUCUGAGCAAGAAAAGAGGCAAGAAAAAAAAAUAAUAUAAAAAAUAAAUAUCCCAGUAUGAAAGAUUAUGUACCAAUUCACUGACAUAGCAUUACAUAUUAAAUACUGCAUCUAAUAAUAAGGAAACUUUGCCUAGUUCCACCCUGCUCUCUACAAUUUGGUGAGUUCCUGCAUCCCGCACACCACUCCUCCUCCCUGUUCUCAAGUAUAACUUGUGCUCUGUGAUUUGAGGGACAGGUUUUGUAAGGCAAGUGACUUCAGAAAGUAUCUUGUCAAAACAUCCCAAAUCAUCUGAUGCCCAAGGAAGAGAAAUCAGAAAAGAAGACAAAGAAAGAUUCAGAGUUCUCACCAUGUCUUCAGAGGAAUCGACAAGUUUAAAUAUUACCCCUGCGCCUUCUGAAACACCACCAUACAUUAGUUCUGCUGCCUCCACUUCACAGGACCAGAGCAGUCCGGCUGAAUCAUCAACUGAAGAGUCACUUCACCUGUGGAUCAAGAAGAACAUCUCAAAACAGCAAUGCCAUGCUUUUCUUAGUGAUCCCAGUAAAGAGGAAGUAUGUUAUUGUGGAAACUUGAGGACUGACCAUGCUGAAGUCAUCAAGCAAGGGAACUCAAUCACGAUCCACAAGGACCCAACAGAUGCUUUUGGACAAAUCCAUUUUAUUGAUAAAUUCAAGAAAUGUGAUGGUUCGUGCCCACAGACAAGCAAGUAUGUACGAGUGUCUGCAGACACUGAAGCUAAAGUGCUCUACCAGUUACUCACUAAAAAGUGGGAACUUUCACCUCCCAAUCUGCUCAUCUCAGUGACUGGAGGGGCCAAUAACUUCUACUUGAAGUCCCACCUGAAGAAGGUUUUCUACAGAGGAAUUAUCAAAAUUGCUGAGACUACAGGUGCAUGGUUCAUUACUGGCGGUACCAACGUGGGUGUGAUGAGACAUGUGGGGCAGGCUUUGAGGGACUGUGCCCUGAAAAACUCAAUGCAGCAGAAAAUAGUGGCUAUUGGAGUAGCACCAUGGGGAGCAAUUCACAACAGGGAUAAAUUGGUAAAUGAAGAAGGUUGCUUCCCAGCUCAUUAUGAGAUUGACACACAAAAUCAGGAUGAUCUGACCUCUCUUGAUAACAAUCAUACCCACUUCCUGCUGGUUGAUGACGGAACCAAUGGACUCUAUGGUGUGGAGAUCCCGCUGCGUGCAGAACUAGAGAAACACAUCUCUCUACAAAACAAAGAAAAUAACAUCAAGAUCUCAGUGGUUUGUGUGGUAUUGAACGGAGGACUUAGCGCACUCAAUACCAUCUACAAUGCCAUCAACAAGGGCACACCAUGUGUGAUCCUUCAGGGCUCUGGGAGGUUAGCAGAUGUCAUUGCUCAUGUGUCUGGACAGCAGAACAGUACAGUCAAGAUUGACAAGCUCAUUGAAAACCAGUUGGAAAAGUGUUUUGGUCAAGAGUACAAAACUUCAGCUUUCCAGUCCCAGAAAAAAGAGUACACAAGAAAGAUUCCGGAGAUCAUCAAGAAGCGUGAAUUACUGACAAUAUUCAGAGCAAGGAAAGAUGGCCAGGGGAAUUUGGAUGUGGCAAUCCUUGAUGCUCUUUUCAAAGCUUCGAAGACUGGUGGAUCACAAGAUAAGUCCUGGAAGAAGCAGCUAGAGCUGGCUAUUGACUGGAACAGAGCCGACUCAGCUGAGACUGAGAUUUUCACUGAGGAAAGCAUGUGGAAGAACGACGACCUCCACUGGCCUAUGAAAUUAGCCCUGGUUGGCAACAAGCCAGAUUUUGUGAGGCUGCUCCUGGAGAACGGUCUGAUUCUGAAGGACUUCUUGAAAGAUGACGAGACCCUUUGUGAGCUCUACCAAAAGCUGCCCAAAUGCUUCUUCUUGUACAAGUUGGUCAAGAGGGUGGAACCUGACAAAAUAAGGAAGCAGGAAAUGAAAAAGGAUGAUCUUCAUAACAUACAAGGAAAGAUUAACCUGAUUCAUGUCUCAAAUGAAGUGCGCCACCUGUUGGGAAAAUUCACACAGUACAUCUAUCCCCUAACCACCAUGAGUCCACUGCAUAGACACUUCACUGUUCGCGUAAAAGAAAUAUUUUCUGGACAUAAAGCUGAAGCUUGGAGGAAAAAUGAAGCCAAGAGGGAUGCAGCCAGAGAUCUUUUCCUCUGGGCAGUUGUCCAGAACAACAGGGAGUUGGCUGAAAUCGCCUGGGGUCAGUGCAGAGACUGCAUGUCUGCUGCUCUGGCUGCCAGUAAAAUUCUGAAGAAAAUGGCAGAGGAGUCAAUUGAUGCAGACGAGGCUCAGGAAAUGCUGGAGCUUGCCAAGCACUACGAAAAUCGUGCGAUUGGUGUGUUCAGCGAGUGCUACAAGAAUAAUGAGGAGCGUGCCCAGAAUCUACUGGUUCGAAUCUCACGCCUUUGGGGCAAGACAACGUGUCUGAGGCUGGCGCUGGAGGCCAAUAAUAAAAACUUUGUGGCUCAGUCAGGCGUUCAGGCUCAUCUUACUAACAUCUGGUGUGGUGAGCUUUCUGUCCACAAUCCUGUGUGGAAGGUGCUGCUCUGCAUGGUCUUCUUCCCUCUGAUUUACACCAAGUUUCUGGCUUUCAGAUCUGAUGAAGACCUCCAGAGAGAAAUCGAGCAGAAAGAGGAGAUAAAAAUGACUGGGGAGGAAGAGGAAGGGACUGGGGUGAAAAAGACAGAAAGCUACAUGACAAAUAAUUUGAAGUGCUUUAAGAAGAGUGUGGAGCCUCUGGGCUCCAGACUGGUUGGACUGUAUGGCUCUCCUCAGGUCAAGUUUUAUGGAAACAUCAUCUCGUACUUUGCCUUCCUGUUCCUGUUUGCUUAUGUCCUGAUGGUCGACUUCCAGAGUACACCGUCUGCAUUAGAGAUGAUGCUCUACAUCUGGCUGUUCUCUCUGGCAUGUGAGGAGAUCAGACAGAUAUUUUAUGAUCCUGAUAAUCUAAGGCUUCAUGAGAAAAUCAAAGUGUACAUUCAAGAGCUGUGGAACAUAUUGGACAUCCUCUCCAUCCUGCUGUUCUGUAUAGGACUUGUAUUGAGGUUGACAACCAAGAUGUUCUACCAAGGCAAAAUCAUCUUGUGCAUUGACUUUGUGGUCUUCUGCCUCCGCCUCAUGGCAAUCUUCACCAUCAGUCAAACACUGGGACCUAAAAUCAUCAUAGUCAGGAAGAUGAUGAUGGAUAUUUUCUUCUUCAUGUUCCUCCUGAGCAUCUGGGUUAUGGCGUACGGUGUGGCCAAACAAGGCAUCCUCAUCCAUAAUGACAAUCGGCUGGACUGGAUCAUCCGCGGGGCUGUUUACGAGCCGUACCUCAUUAUAUUUGGAAGUUUCCCUGAAAAUAUUGACAAUGCUGGAUUUGAUAUAAAUUCAUGCAGCAUGAAUGGUACAGAUCCCAUGAAGCCCAAAUGUCCUGUGCUGAAUGAAAACCAAAUGCCGGUAUUCCCUGAGUGGCUCACCAUCAUCAUGCUCUGUGUUUACUUGCUCUUUGCCAAUAUAUUGCUCCUCAACCUCCUCAUAGCCAUCUUUAACUACACGUUCCAGGAGAUCCAUGAAAACACGGAUAGGAUCUGGAAGUUUCAAAGAUAUCAGCUGAUCAAAGAGUACCACACCCGCCCAGCCCCCCCACCUCCUUUCAUCAUCAUCAGUCAUGUCCAGUUCAUGAGGAAUUUGGUGCUGUACAGGGAGCCGAUCGAACAUGAAUUCAAGAAGGAUUUUUCCGAAGAAGAAGAAGACGAACUGUUGUCCUGGGAGGCCUUGAUGAAGGACAGAUACCUGCUGUCUGCGCAGCUGGCGCAGAGCCAGAGCAUGGAGGGGCGCAUCCUGGAUACAUCUCAAAAGGUUACCACCUUAACUGAACGCCUGGAGAGACUGGAGAAACUAGAGGAAAAGGUCAUGAAUGCACUGCAGAGGAUUGAGGACAGUCUGCAAUCUCAGGGUGUUCCUUCAAGAAAAGAUUAGAGACAAAAAAGAAGCUAAAGAAGUGCAUAUAUUGAUAAGAUGAUUGCGUUUUGCUUUAGGUUUCAUGGUUUCUCUAGCAGAGCUAUAUAACUAUUAAAUCAAUUUGCAUUUCUUACUUUUUGGAUGAGGUCUGCUUAGAUGCUAAAUUAAAUGAGUCUUAGUUAUACAGGUGAUGAUGUAAAUUAUGGGUAAUGUGGGGUCUGAAGGCCAGAAAUAGACAUAGACUUGUCUACGUUUCUCUCUUUUAUUGUUGGGGUAAUGAGAGAUGUUGUUUAUAAUGAGUUAGUCAAACUGCUAAUUUGUUAUUUGUAGGAUCAGACUUCAUAAUAAAUCAAUAUUAAGUGAAAAUGUAAUAAUUUUUAAACCUGAAAUAAAAACAUAAGGUUUUGGUGUUA